CGUAUGUACUAGCUCUAUCUAUAAAUCCAACAUUAUGUUUGUAAAUCAUCUAUGUAUAUACUUUUCCUGAAUAAAAAAAAAUUAUUUUGAAUUUUGAAUUGUUGUUCUAAGGGCAGCAACGGGCUAGGCCGUAUGACCCCUGCCAAUCUGAAUCCGAAUUGGGAGAUUACAAUGCUAGGUAUAGUAUAUUCUCUUGGUGGUUUGACAAGUCUCGAUGUAGUUCUAUAUAUGAAAGCAUAUAAGCAUAUUUCUAUUAGAUAAAUAUACCAGUGAGGAAGAGGAGACAGCUUAAUAUUGGUGGGUGCAGUCUGGUAGUGAUUGGCAACCCUCCAUCUAAUUACCAAAAGCUUCGUAGUAUUACGUAAGUAAUGAAGAAAUAUGAUAUAUUUACUCACUAUAAUGUUGGUGCUGAAUGUAGAACAUGGAAAACACAAUAUUUUUACUCUGACAUAUCAUUUUAUAACGAAAUUAAACGAAACAAUGUAGCAGGUGACGCCACAAAGUCGACGCUCCAAGCGACACUUGUAGCUUUCAGUAAUUAGAUGGAUGAAAUUUCGUUAUUAUAUUAUAUUAUCUAAAGUAAACGAAUGUUUUUUCAUGUUGUACAUUCAAUACCAACAUUAUAGUGAGUAAAUAUAUCGUAUUUCUCCAUUACUUGCUUAAUGGUAGGAAGGUUUGGGGUGAUAAGCGAGCCGCACUGGGAAGUUCAAGAAAGGAGCGUGAGGCGGGGCAUAUGAAGGUUAAGCGGCUGGCAACGAUUCCUGAGAUUGGUCAAGCAUUAUCCCAGAGCUGAAUUGUAGCAGUGACAAAGACCUGGCUAAGAUCACUCCUCUCGUAGGUGAUGUGGAACAACACAUUAUGAAAAAUAAACUGGGUUGCAGGGACAUUGAUAUCCAUAACAACCACAAGAUAAGGUACUCCUAGCAGGGAAAAAAGGAGACUACUGAUAUAACAAGAUGGAAAGUAUGAGCCAUAAUCACCCAACUGUCUUCCCUAUUAACAAAGAUCAGAAUAUGCAAAAAUAUGUAGGCCAAAAUCAAUUAUCACUGGAAGCUUAUAAACAAAACACAGUAACACCUAAUGCGUGGCCUAACUCUGGAAAUUACAAUGUCGCAGGGACUCAGACAGGUCCAUUAUUGAACCAGUCACGAUCCACUACUAAUAAACAGUUAAAACCCUGGCCAAAUUUGUCUCUGAUAAAGCAGCAUCCUCAAAGUCAUCAAGGGGCAAGUCAACAACUGCAUUCAUCAACAAGAGUGUCACAUGUGAGUAACUUGCAGCAUGUACAGGAGCACCAGCAGCCGAUUGUUGAGCCAGUAGCCAACACACAGUUUUCAUCUGCUAAGCAACAACAGGGCAACCAACCACAGACAGUAAUGCAGAAACGUCUGGCUAUUUGGGAGACAUAUAUGGCACGUAGCCUUCAGCAAUACAUCACGGAAAGAAGCCCACAGCAAUCCGGUAAUAUUUCAAGAUCAGUUAGACAAGUGGCCCAGUGCCAUAGUUCACAAAUUAAUAAUCCCAUCACUCAGACUAAUGUCUCUCAUCAAUUUCAUCAAAAUAUGGGGCACCAAUCCUUCCACCUUGACUCUUCAAUUAGCUCUCAAAUUACAGCUAAACAAUCAACUCAAAACAUCCCUCCACAUCAGAAUGUCAGAGUUCAACAACAUGUUGUAGAAGACAGCCAAUUGCAAAAUUCCCAAGCUGGGCACUUGCCACUAAACAAAAUUAGACAGCAACCAGUUCAGGAUAAAAUACAACCACAUGCUAGGCAGCCUACUAAUAGUUGUGAAGCAUCUUCAGCAGAAGUAGAAAUUAUUUCGUGCCAUAUGGUACCACCUAAUUCAAACGUACAGACAACCUCUCAAAAUCGAAUUGGUUCUAACGAAUUACCCUCUUAUCAGUGGACAAUGCAACAGCAACUUCAAGAGAGAAACCACUUGCAAUCAUAUAGUCAUACUCAACAGAUUCAGAAAUGUAAAGAUUUUAACAAGAAUUUGAAUCCUUAUUGGUCAACAUUAGUGAUGAGAUCACACAAAGGAUUAGGAGAUAAAACUGAAUCUUCUAAGAGAACUCAUCAGAUCAAAUAUAUUGUAUAUCCACUUCAUUAUAAAGGAAAACAUGUAUCAGAAAGUGUGCCUAAACCAUGUUUAGGGCAGGAUAAUUCCAUGCAGGAAUCACACCAGAUUAAUACCAGCAGUAACUUGACCCAAGUUACACAGCAAAAGACUCAUGACGUCACUUCAUCAAAUCAUCAUACUAUGGAUGCUGUUCAACCAUCUGUAAGCUGUUUAAGCAAAAAUUCAAGUUUAAACCUCACUCCACCUCCAUCCCCUCCAUCACCUCCAUCAAACAACAUAUCUGGCAAGAUUUGUUCUAAAGGAAAUUCUGCUAAUUGCCUCAUUAGUAAUGCAGAAUCACAUGCCAGUAGUAGUUCGCAAGGUGCAUUUAGAAAAAGAAAAGUGCAUUUAGGAAAACAGUCAGACUUGACCUCGGCUUCAGUUGUUGUACAGCCGUGUCAAGCUGCAGUUUGCAAUGCUUCUCCAACAGAGUAUGUGGAAAGUCACAGUGAAUUAGCAAAGCUCUUGGGUUAUAAGCCUCCUUUAGACCUCUCUACAACACUUAAGCCUACAAAAGGUAAAAUAAUAGAUGAAGAUGUUUGUAAAGCACAGAGUUCUUCACGUCAAGGAAUCAUAGAAAAUAAUUCUGACAUUAUGUUUAGGCAACUUGAAAAUAGAAUUAACUUCACAGAAGAUAGGGACAUAGAUGACAUGUCUUCUAGACCAGAGAGAAACACACGCAAACUGAUGAAAAUACAAUCAUCCAAUCUGCCAAGUCUAUCUUUGGAUCAUACACACAUUCAUAACUCAAACAUGCUCUCUUCAUCACUCUCACAUUCCACUUAUAUAUUACCUUCAUUAAUCAGCGCAUCCUCCACACCUACCAUGCUCUCCACACCCACCAUGCUCUCCACACCUACCAUGCUCUCCACACCUACCAUGCCCUCCACACCCACCAUGCUCUCCACACCUAUCAUGCCCUCCACACCCACCAUGCUCUCCACACCUACCAUGCCCUCCACACCCACCAUGCUCUCCACACCUACCAUGCCCUCCACACCCACCAUGCUCUCCACACCUACCAUGCCCUCCACACCCACCAUGCCCUCCACACCCACCAUGCCCUCCACACCCACCAUGCUCUCCACACCUAUCAUGCUCUCCACACCUACCAUGCCCUCCACACCUAUCAUGCCCUCCACACCAACCAUGCCCUCCACACCAACCAUGCCCUCCACACCCACCAUGCCCUCCACACCUACCAUGCCCUCCACACCCACCAUGCUCUCCACACCAACCAUGCCCUCCACACCAACCAUGCCCUCCACACCAACCAUGCCCUCCACACCCACCAUGCCCUCCACACCAACCAUUAUUCAACAUGAUAGUGAUAUAGACAAAUUCAGGAUUGAUACUGCCUCUAAGGAUGCUCCUCUGAAUGAAAUACAACUUUCUGAUGAUCUGAUGAAAGACAUUGAGGUUCAGUGUUAUGUCUGUGACAGUAUUGUGAAUGGAAAUGAAAUUACAGCUCACUUGUAUUUUGGGACACUUUCAUGUUCAUCUUGCCCUGUAGAAAUUGUAAGCUGUGAUAUGAUGAAUACUAAUUAUACACACAAUAAGUGUUCAGUUCAUACUUGUCAAAAGCAUGAUUUGUCAAAAUGGUCACAUGACCCUAUUCAGUUUUUAAAUCAUUAUGUAGAGAAAGACCUGCUCUACAGAAAGUUUUGUGAAGAUGUGCAUGCUACAGUGACACGUGAAGAGUUAGACAGAGAAAUUGAACAAUAUGUUUCACAAUUAUCUGUCCUUUUGCCAUAUCAACCCUGGAGGUCUGCAUUACUAAAGUGCAAAGAAUAUGCAUCAAAGGCAAAGUCGGUUAUUGACCCGACCUCACAAAAUGAACCUAGUGCAGGGAACAGUAGUAUUUCUGGCGAGGAUGUGGAUUCGGAGAAUAAAAGUCUCGCCGGUCUCUUGCCAAAACCUCCAAGUUACCUUCGGAAAUCGUCCAGAUUGAAUGAGCCUUGUAUUAUAGCAACGCCUAUUGAUGGAAGGUUCCUGGUGGUGAGGCUGCCCACACAGCCAUGCCCAGAGUGCUGUCCAGAGUGCUACACCACCAUUUGUCCCUCAAAGUGUACUGUAAAUGUAAAAACUUUUAUCGUAACCUAUGUUUGUGUAUAUUGCUACCUGACCAUAUAUAUUACAAGUGAUCAAAUGGACGAGUCUACUCCAAGCAUUGUUUUCGAGAAUAGAAAUGCAAAGUUAAGGAAAGACGUUCCAAAAUCGGCCAAACCUGUAAGUAAAAUAAUUCUUCAUACGUGAUGUAAAAAAGAAAAUUAAUGGUAUUGCAAAAUGGAAAAUGUUAUGGAAAUAACUGAUUAUAGAACAGUUUUAGUAUAAUAAAGUACAAAUUUUUAUAAUCAAAUAAUUUUUGUGUAUUACCUUUGAUAAUUAAGCAGCCUAUAAUGUUCAGGUAGAACACGCUUUGGAAGUGCCUUACCUCAAACACAGUGUGCACACACCCGAGUUAUGUUGUCACUAAAGUCGUCCUAUCAAUAGGUAAUUUUAAAUGAUGGAUAAGUUAAAGGCUUCAGGAUUAAUAUGUUAACCAAGGAGGAACAAUGUGGAUAUUAAGAUAUUUAAAUUAGUAAAAGUUAUAGUAACAUAAAUAGGAACCACAAUGUUAUGAUUUAUGUUACUUUAGCAAGAGGUCACAAUUUGUAAAAUUAUCAUGUAGCUGAAUAAUCUUCUCACUGAUCUAAUUAUUGUGUUCAUUAUAAGUUUUUCUGUAAUUGCAAUAAUUUUUAAUUUGCAUCUCUAUCCUCAUGUAGCUUCCCUAAGUUAUUUGUUAUACCAUCUGCACUAGUAAACAUUGGGUGGGGUAAUGAGAGUACACUAGAGUUCUUGGAUGUGCCGUAUCAGGCUUUGAAGGUGACUUCCACAAUGUUUUCUUUCAGUAAACUGCACUUGUUAAUCAUCUAUUCAGAAUGUGUUUCAUAACAUUUGACUCACUGCCCAUAUACAUGUACUGUAUUUAGAUAUACUGUACUAUACUGUACAGCCUUUGUUGUAAAUUCCCAGGAUGCUAUGUAUAACAUUUCAGAAGUUUCCCGAGACCCUUGUAAAUAACUAAUCACAAUUAUUCUGUAGCUUUUUGAUAUAGUAUAUCCCACUCUCUCAACUAUACCCAAAAAAAUAAUAUAAUUUUCACUUCUACAUCACAAAAUAAAUGCAAUUGCAAGUUA